AUGGCUGACCGCGCUACCUUCAACGACCCCUCCGUCGAGGACAAGGGCAAGGGCAAGUCCACCGACCCUACCAACGAGAUGAACAUGGACGAUGACAGUUCAUCGGAGAGCGAGCCUGAAAUUGAGCAGACCGAGGAGGACGAGGACAUGGACAGUAACCUCGAGCCUAUCGACCAAGGCAACAUCAUCUCGGGCGGUCGCCGUACACGCGGCAAGGUCAUCAAUUACGCUGAUGUUGCCGAGCAGAACAAGAUGAACGAUGAUGAUGAAGACGAGGACGAUGAGGAGUACCAGGGUGCGGAUGACGACAAUGACCAUGCCAUGCGCGGUUAA